AUGAUUUUAAGCGUGGCCCUAAUCUGGGGAGUUGUAGUUGGGUUGUGCUGCUGCUUGUGGCUUAUUUUGGGUGUACGCAGAAGACACCCCGGUGAGCCCCCGCUUGAGAACGGCCUCAUCCCAUACCUCGGCUGUGCCCUGCAGUUCGGUGCCAACCCUCUGGAGUUCCUGCGGGGACGGCAGAGAAAGCACGGCUCCAUCUUCACAUGCAAGAUCGCCGGCCAGUUUGUCCACUUCCUCUGCGACCCUUUCUCCUACCAUGCAGUCAUCCGCCAGGGUCGCCAUCUGGACUGGAAAAAGUUCCACUUUGCUGCCUCUGUCAAGGCAUUUGGACACGAGAGUAUGGAUCCAAGUCACGGCUACACCACCGAAAACCUGCACCAGACAUUCCUGAAGACCCUACAGGGGGAGGCCCUGCCCUCACUCAUACAGGCAAUGAUGGAGAACCUGCAGAGUGUCAUGCUGCAGUCCGACACACUAAAUGUCAGCGCCACAGAGUGGGAGACGGAUGGGAUAUAUGGCUUCUGCUACAAGGUUAUGUUUGAGUCUGGCUACUUAACUCUCUUCGGUAAAGAGCUCAGCACCCAAGAAGAAAAAAGCCUGGCCAAGCAGGAGGCUCAGAAGGCCCUGGUGCAGAAUGCACUGGAGAAUUUCAAAGAGUUUGACAAGAUCUUCCCCGCCCUCGUUGCUGGGCUCCCCAUUCAUGUGUUCAAGAGUGGCCACAGCGCUCGAGAGAACCUGGCCAAGACACUCCUCCAUGAGAACCUAAGCAAGAGACAGAAUAUCUCUGACCUGAUUUCUCUCCGAAUGCUCCUGAACGACACUCUGUCCACCUUCAAUGACAUCGGCAAAGCCAGAACUCAUGUGGCCUUACUGUGGGCCUCCCAGGCCAACACGCUGCCCGCUACUUUCUGGUCUCUCCUCUACAUGAUCAGGAGUCCUGAGGCCCUGCGAGCUGCAACUGCAGAAGUCAACAGGACAAUGGAAGCCACUGGUCAGAAAGCCGACCCCAAGGACCCCCAUCUUACCCUCACCAGAGAACAACUAGAUGACAUGCCAGUGCUAGAUAGCAUCAUCAAGGAAGCAAUGAGGCUGUCGAGUGCCUCCCUCAACGUUAGAGUUGCCAAGCAAGACUUUUCACUGCAUUUAGACAACAAGGAGUCCUACCACAUUCGCAGAGACGAUCUGUUAGCACUGUAUCCACAACUCCUCCAUCUUGAUCCAGAAAUCUAUGAAGACCCUCUGACAUACAAGUACAACAGAUACUUGGAUGAAAAUGGACAAGAAAAGACAUCCUUUCACAAAAAUGGACGCAAACUCAGGUAUUACUACAUGCCUUUCGGCUCUGGAGUGACCAAGUGUCCGGGACGGUUCUUUGCAGUGCACGAGAUUAAACAGUUUCUCUUCCUGUUGCUUUCUUACUUUGACAUGGAACUUGUGGACUCUGAUGUAAAAGUCCCCCCACUGGAUCAGUCUCGGGCAGGUUUAGGUGUUCUACAGCCCACCUAUGAUGUUCAUUUUCGGUACAGACUUAAAGCUCAAUGA